UUCACUGCAGGUCAAGGACUCAAUCUUACAUGGUGUGUGGUGCAGUUAGGAGAUGUACAUAGGGGAUAAGACCAGAGGGAGGAGGAGAACAGAGAGCUGAGCAUCAUUUACUCUCACAGAGAAAAGGAAUUAGGGAGAGAGAGAUUAUAUUUUUGGUGCUAUGCUCUCCAAUUCAUGAAGACUGAGAGGAGAGAACAGCACUCUUUGUCUUCACUCCGGCAGUUCAGGAGAUUUUAACACGGUGAACCAAACCAGUAAAGUAUAGGAGGACGUAAUCGUUGCAAAGUUGAAAUCCAAGCAGUGGAGGACAAAUGACGAACAUCAAUUUGCGACCUUUUUCCCUCUCCUUUACAUACAUCCGUGUCUGAAGAGAAAUAAGAAGAGGACAUUUAAAAAGGACAAGCUGUACGAGGUUGCUGGAAAUUGGCAGGAACUGGAUCAUGCCGACGUACACUUUGAUCCAAAGCGUCACAAACAUACUCAAUGGGUGACAUGUCUGGUGUUGUGUCCCCAUAAACCAAUGGCUCAGUAUAACUGUUCCUCUCUGGGUCUGCCUGCCACCACUCCUGACCAGCUUGGUUGGAAUGUGUCCUGGGCCCUGGGCAACGUCAGUGCUGAUGACAUGGAGGACACGUGCCUGAAUCGGAGUCAGUACCUGGAAAAGUUUCUAGGCUUCCAGCGGUCGCCUGUUUUCCUGCCGGUUUGCAUUACCUUCCUCAUUAUCUUCGCUGUGGGAGUGUUAGGGAACGUGCUCACCUGCGCCGUCAUCGUGCGCUACAAGGUGAUGCGGACGCCAACUAAUUACUACCUGUUCAGUCUGGCCGUGUCCGAUUUAUUAGUCCUACUGCUGGGUAUGCCGUUGGAACUCUACGAGAUGUGGAGCAACUACCCGUUCCUGUUCGGCGCCGGCGGCUGUUACUUCAAGACCUUCCUGUUUGAGACGGUCUGCUUUGCCUCCAUUCUCAAUGUAACGGCACUGAGCGUGGAACGCUACAUCGCCGUGUUACACCCGCUGAAAGUCAAGCACGUGGCCACGCACGCCCAUGCCAAGCGUGUCAUCCUGAUGCUGUGGGUCAUGUCCAUGGUGUGCGCCAUGCCAAACACCAGCCUCCACGGGUUGGCCGUGUUGAGGCCCCGAUUUGGCCGCCAAUUCCCAGAGUCGGCCGUCUGCAUGAUGGUCAAGCCCAUGUGGAUGUACAACCUGAUUAUUCAAGUAACCACACUGGUCUUCUUCCUGAUGCCUAUGCUCACCAUCACUGUGCUGUACGUGCGCAUUGGCCUGCAGCUCAGGAUGAAGAGGGGCAUGCAGGGGGUCAGGACCGGGCAGGGUUUUGGUCCUGACCGCCACUGCAGACACCAGCAGAGGGCGCGCCACCAACAAGUCACCAAGAUGCUUUGCAUACUGGUGAUUGUUUUUGGCAUCUGCUGGGCUCCCUUCCACAUUGACCGUCUCAUGUGGAGCUUCAUAAACACCUGGACCGGCCACCACCACCUGGUCUUCCAGUACGUCCACAUCGUCUCCGGGGUCUUCUUCUACCUCAGCUCGGCGGUCAACCCCAUCCUCUACAACCUCAUGUCCACCCGCUUCCGGGAGAUGUUCCAGCAGAUCACGUGUCACUCCGGCCUCUGUGGCGGCAACGUGCCCCGGCUGAGCGCCCGUAGCACCCAAAUGACCCUACGUAGUAUCGUCUAUGAGAAGCCGCAACAUAAUGGGACCCCAGAGAGAAUCACCCCAGACAGACAGGAGCAGAAUGUGUACGUAAACCCCCACGGCCAGCAUGUAUAUGGCAAUACAAGCCCUGAUUAGAUAGAGGGUGAUGGGGUGGGGGUAACAAAACAAUGUAUAAAAAUGAACUAAGAUUGGGUACCAAAAUGAGAAAACGUGUAGCUGAUUGAAUGUGUACAGUGAGAGUUUGGAUGGAAAGCAACAGAGUUGAAGUUGAAGUUUUGCCCUUUGGAUUUAAAGAGGAAUUCUCACUGGGCGAUACCGAAAUUAACCAGGAUGAGGUACCAAAAUGUAACAAGAUUAUUAAAUCGAUCACUGAUUGAAUGUGUAGCAGGUAGGCAUUUAUUGGGAUGACUCAUGUACUGAAGGCAGCUUUGUAGAGUGGUCACUAGAUGGCACAGCCACAAAGUCAUAAAAUCAGAUUUCAAACCUAACCCUAACCACCCUGCUAACCUUUUGCCUAACCCUAACAUAUAGCCAAUUUUGACUUUGCAGCUGGCCCAUCUAGUGGAAAUCACUCAGCUCUGCCUCCAGAACACGGCAUCUCAAUAAACGUCAACUUGCAACUGUGUACAGCCAGAGUGGAUAGAGACAAAGUAAUAAAGUUUAGUCCUUCGACUUUGAAUUUAAAAUGGUUUUCCCACACACAUACAAUUAGAUAUAUGUGGGAUAUUCAACUGUUUAUUCUGUGCAGAUGAAAGUGUUCUUCAACCGGAUAUUAAUAUUCAGAUUGAACACAUUAUUUAUAUAAGCUUAUCUAAUAAUCAAACUUUGAAAAUAAACGAUACCCAGCUUUGUAAAAUAGCUUAUUAAUAUAAUACUGAUCUUAUUCUGUUCAUAUGUUUCAGGAGACACGAUUAAAUUGUAACUGUCUUCUUCCAUGCGUUAUUGUACUAGGUACACUAUCAAAAUCCCACUCGCUAUGAAUGUAGAUCACAGGCAAUAUUGAAAGUAUACGGGAGAUAGAAAUGUCAUGACACAGAAAUGGAAAAU